ACGUGGGCAGUGUAGGGGUGUACAGGCAGAGGAGAGAGGGUAGGUAGUAGUGUGUGAGUGUGUGUGUGCGUGUGUGUGUGAGGCUGUCAGACAGCAUGGUCUGGGUCUGAGGACAAACAACUGGGAGACGCAGCAGCAGCAGCAGCAUCAGCAGCCUCCAGAUCUCCAUGUAGACCAGUGUGGGGACAUCCACAGACCACCUGGACCAGCAGCCGCCCAGGACGACACCCGGAGAAGCGAGAGGAAGAGGAGGACGAGGAGGAAGGGGAGGUUGGGUCUGCUUGUUUUUUUUUAUUUUUCUCAGUUUUUGUGAUUUGGGGAGUAGGCUCCGGGCUGGACCGCAUGCAUGACACAACGCAAAGGGGAGAAACCCACCAUCAGCAUCCAGGAGCACAUGGCCAUUGACGUGUGCCCUGGCCCCAUCCAGCCCAUCAAGCAGAUCUCAGACUACUUCCCCCGCUACCCUCGGGGCCUCCCCCCCGCUGCGCCCCAGCCAGCGGGCCACGCCGGGCCCCUGCGCUCUGCCCUCUCCACCUCCUCGGCCGCCGCCGCCACUGGAGAAAGUGACCGACCCAAUGAGGACACCCCGGACCGGGCUUGUGCCGGAGCCGCCGCCUCCUCUCAGGCCGCCAAGAGGGACGAGGAGCCGGACGUGGAGGCAUACGACUCAGACGACUCGACCACACUGGGGACCUUGGAGUUCAGUUUGCAGUACGACCAGGAGAACAAUGCACUAAACUGCACCAUUAACAAAGCCAAGGGGCUCAAGCCGAUGGACCACAAUGGGCUCUCAGACCCGUACGUCAAGCUGCACCUGCUGCCCGGUGCCAGUAAGGCAAAUAAACUUCGGACCAAGACCCUGCACAACACACUCAACCCCGUGUGGAGCGAGACCCUGACCUACUACGGCAUCACCGACGAGGACAUGGUCCGCAAGACACUCAGGAUUUCGGUGUGUGAUGAGGACAAAUUCCGCCACAACGAGUUCAUCGGGGAAACGAGAAUCCCUCUCAAGAAGCUGAAGCCCAACCAAAUCAAAAAUUUCAACAACUGCCUGGAGAAGCAGUUACCUGUCAACAAGACAGAAGACAAGUCCCUGGAGGAGCGAGGACGCAUCAUGAUUUCUCUCAAGUACAACACGGUGAAGUCCUGCCUGGUGGUGGGCAUCAUACGCUGCGCUCACCUCGCCGCCAUGGACGCCAACGGCUUCUCCGACCCCUACGUCAAAACGUACCUGAAGCCGGACGAGAACAAAAAGUCAAAGCACAAGACGCUUGUGAAGAAGAAGACGCUCAACCCCGAGUUCAACGAGGAGUUCUCUUAUGACAUCAAAUAUGCAGACCUCACCAAAAAGACCCUGGAGGUGACGGUGUGGGACUACGACAUCGGGAAGUCCAACGAUUUCAUAGGUGGUGUGUCUCUGGGUAUCAAUGCAAACGGAGAGAGGCUCAAACACUGGUUCGACUGCCUCAAAAACAAGGACAAGAAAAUUGAGCGCUGGCACACGCUGACCAAUGAGCUACCUGGUUCUUUAAAUGACUGAAGACUCAUCAUCAUCCUGUCCUUCCUCCUCCGCCCCGGCUGCACCAGAUCGGACUUCAUCUUCCUCACUCUUCUUCUCUGGAUUCGGAUUCGGCCACAGCGACACGUCUGUGGGAAUAUGAAUACUUCCUCUCAACAGGGCUCAAAUUAGACAUAUCCAAAAUGCUCUUACAUGUACAAUAGGAUUUUGCCGGCUGAUCUUUAAUUUGAUUUCAGAUUCUAAGUUUCAUAAUCCUGAUUUUAUCGUAUGAUCAGUGAUAUUAAAAUGAGCAGAUUCCUUUUAUUCAAUUAGAUUAUCAACAGUCCCUGGAGCAGCACAAUAAACGCCUUCACUCUGUCGCGUGAAUUGAAGCCGAGCUGCAGGAGACAGGAAGUAAACGAGUCUCUUAACAAAGCAUGUAGCGAAAUUUCAUCCUGCGGAAAUUAUGCAGAAAAGUUUAGAGGAACAGAUUUUAUCUUCUCAAUUCAACCUCCCACCUUCAGUCUGCUUGACACUAAUAUUUAGUGUUGUGUAGGAGCAGAUGAAUUAUACAUUAAUAACCCACAUAUUUGAAGAUGUUGCACUUUAAUGAUACGAUUGUAAAAGUGUUGGGGGGUGCGUGUCCUGCCGUCCCUCACCCGUCACGUAGGCGUCUCCCACGCAGAAUGAGAAGUUUGGUUUUUAUG